AGAAUAAGAAGAACCAAACAAAAGCAGCGAAAAACCCUCUCGCCCAUCACACAAACCAUGGGAACUCCAGAAACCUCUCGAGAACCGUGCCCCGACCGCAUUCUCGACGACAUCGGCGGGGCCUUCGGCAUGGGGGCUGUCGGCGGCUCCGCCUUCCACUUCCUCAAGGGCGUCUACAACUCCCCUUCCGGCACUCGGCUCAUCGGCGGCUCGCAAGCCGUGCGCAUGAACGCGCCGCGAGUGGGCGGUAGCUUCGCCGUCUGGGGUGGCCUCUUCUCCGCCUUCGACUGCACCAUGGUCUAUGUCCGCCAGAAGGAGGACCCCUGGAACUCUAUCAUUGCCGGCGCCGCCACCGGUGGCUUCCUCCAGAUGCGACAGGGCCUCGGCGCCUCGGCUCGAUCGGCUGCCUUCGGUGGGGUCCUCCUGGCUCUGAUCGAAGGAGCUGGGAUCAUGCUUAAUAAGUUCAUGAGCCAGCAGCAGCAGAUGCCUAUUGUGAUUGAAGAGCCGGCGAGCGUGGCCGGUUUGCCUGGGCUUCCCCCUAUGGGCCGUGCUCCGGGUCAGCCGGUCUCGGAGCCAGCAACGUCGAUGAGCAGCAGCGGCGCUGAGGCUAGUUCGGGAGGGUGGCUUGGAGGGUGGUUCGGGAAGAGCAAGGAGCCUGAGGCUAAGAGUAGCGGAAGCGAGACAAAGAUUUUGGAGAGCUUCGAUGCCCCGCCCUUGCCCAGCUUCGAGUACAACAACAAAUAGGCCUUAUGAUCAAUGUUGUUUGAAUUUUUACUUGGACCUGACCCUGUUCAAGUUGGGAACACCAAAAACUAUGAUGAAUUUUGGUAGUUGUAGUUGAUAUAGUUUAAAUCAUAAAGUCAUUUUACAUAUUUGUUUCUCCAUUUGCUGUUUAUUGUUAUUUUCAUAUCUAGUUGUCAAUGUAGACAAGUUUUGCUUAAGUAGAGUGAAAUGUGAUGGUUAAUUAUAUCAAUUAUCAUAUAUGCUUA